AUGAAUUUUCCAAUAAUUUUCCUCCUGACCCUCAUCCUUGGAUGCUGGAGUCAACAGGAGGAGGUACCAACAGUUGAGAUUAGUGGAAAGCAUGUGAGUAAAAUUGGUCGCACAAUUGAUCUUGAGUGCUCCACGAGAAAUGCCGGAAACUUCCCAGUUAUGUGGAAGAAAUUGGGCAGUGAUCCUUCAGGAUGGGAUGCAGUGUUCCUGUCAACGGGAAGCAACAUAAUUCUGCGGGAUAGUCGAUUUUCCAUUAAGGUUUCAAACGAUGAAACCACCUACAAACUAAAGAUCAAGGAUGCAAAUCUUCAUGACUCCGGGAAGUAUCAAUGCGCCGUUGUUGUCUCAAUGACGAAAGCAUAUUCAAAGGUCGUGGAAGUUGUUGUGAAAGAUGCCACACCAGAGAUUACAAAAAUAACGCAAGAUUUGGAAAUCUCUGUGGGAGAUUCUGUGGAUCUUCAGUGCUCAACUGAGAAUGCCGGGGAUUACGCUUUGAUCUGGAGGAAGGGAAUUGUCGUAAUUUCAGUUAAUGACAUUCUGGUACUCAGAGAUCCAAGAAUUUCCGUGAAGAAUGACCAUUCAGCGGAUUCAUCAUCAGUUUCAACACUUAGCAUCAAGGAGAGCAAUGUUGGAGAUUCCGGAACCUAUGAGUGCCUUGUUAGUGCUCCAGAUCAGCUUGUUAAGAAUGUUAGCCUGACUGUACUCCUGCCCAAAACAACAAUUACCCCGAUUUUAGCGGAUCCGCUGGACAGUGUGGAGUCUGUAUCCACCAAGGAUGCCCCGGAUGCCCAAUCUGAUGUUGAGGAUGCAACAGAAACCGCAAAUGUGACUCCAAUUGCUGAUUCAGAACAUGAUGAUCAGGCUUAA